GGCUGGAAGACCUUUUGUUGAUCAAUUCAAAAUGUAGCAGCAAAAAGAAGGGCACAACUUUACAGACAGUUAGGAUGCCAAGGAGUAAUGUUUUGGACAGAGUACAGAGCUUUUUACCACAGAUGGCCCAGGCAAAUGAUGAGCUCAAGAGGAAAAUGGUGACAACACCAGCUCAUCAGUUUGAUAUUGAAAAUCUAGACAGUACAACAGAAAAAGUGAUCGAAAUGAAUGUGGCUGUGGUCGAGCUGAGUGAGUCUGACACAGAUGAAGAGAUGGUAACUUCAGAAGAUGACUCAGAAUCUGAAGAUGACUCUGUAACUGGUGAAGUGACAAUUGACAACAUUAAGUUUCCUAAACAAAAAGGAGAAAAGGGAAAAAUAGAAAUUCUGGACAGCAAAGUAAAUGAAUAA